CCUAAUGCUAUUUUCUUUGUAUCCCAGUUCCCAAAGAAAGCACAUCCGGUUCCCCUUCGUUGUCCUCUGCGUCCAAGUCGAAUACCAGGUCUUCGAUUGGUUCUGAGAAAGUUAAAGAGUACAACUGGUUGAGCUAUCGGUGAGUUGGGGCAUGGCUGAGGAAGCCCAUGUGGCAGAACCGGCAAAGGUUCCGAUGAAGAGGAAUAUAGGGAAGAAGAAGGGCUCUAAGGGUAAGAAAAAACCCACAAAUGCGAUGAUGCUACAGGGCAUUGAACAGGGCAAAAAGGGUAAGAAGAUGGACAGGAAAAUGAAGAAACUGUUUCGCAAGCGGGCACGAGAGUACAAUUCGGACGAGGAUGAUGGUGAUGGUGAUGGUGAAGAUCAUGUUGACAAGAAACCUAUGCCCGUGAUCAGAGAUGAGGAACGUCCUGAGGAAGAAGGAGAGGAUGUGAAUGUGGAUAAUGGGGUUUCUGAUGAUGAAGAAGAUGGUGAAAUUCAACUCGGAAUUACGAAGUUUGCGGAGGGUUGUAGAGCAUUCAAGAUGGCAUUCAGCAGUAUUAUCAAGAAGAGCGUGACUACUGAUUCACUCGGUCCAGUUUUGUCUGCGGACAGGAAGCUCAUUGCAGAGAAACUUGCAGAAGAGGAGGCUGAACGGAAGGUCAAGGGGGAGGCCAAGAAGGAAAAACACUUGGUGGGAGAAAGGGGGCAUGUCAAACCUGCUAAUUAUUUGGAUUCGCAAGAGAAGUUUCUGAUAGGCGUUGCUACAAAAGGAGUGGUCAAGUUGUUCAAUGCUGUCAACAAGGCACAAAAUGCUCAGAAAGGUUUAAAUCCAUCGAGGUCUAAAGAUGCAAAAGCAAUAAGGAAGCGGAGGAAAGAAACCUUCUUUUCAGAGUUGGGCAAGACAUCAAAGCCAGCAGCCGAUACUCCCACUAAGGGUCAUACAUCUACAGCCCAGACGGAGGCAGAAGGGCCUGCCUGGGCGCCAUUGCGUGAUAAUUACAUGUUGACGAAUUCCAAGUUGAAGGACUGGGACAAGGUGCCGGAAACAACUGUAGCAGACAACGAUGUAGGAAGGAUGUCAGAAGAUAGUAGUUCUGAUGAGGAUUAAUGUUUUGGAGCUCAGUAGGAAAAGAUAAAUGGGAUUCUUUGGCAGGCAAACUUUCUACUAGCUCGGUGACAUUGAAAUGUCGUCGUUUUGUUAUUACUGCAUAGGAAGUUAUCUUUUGUAAUGCAGUAUUUGUUUAUCAAUGCUCACAAGAAUUAAUGGUUAUUAUGCCAAUAUAUGAUUCUUUUU